AUGAGUGAAGAGGGACCGCAAGUUAAGAUUAGAGAGGCUACAAAAGAUUCGGUUGAUUUUAUCCUCUCAAAUGUCGAUCUUUCUUUGGCAAACUCACUUCGUAGGGUGAUGAUUGCAGAAAUUCCGACAUUAGCUAUUGACUCAGUUGAAAUUGAAACUAAUACUACUGUUUUAGCGGAUGAAUUUAUCUCUCAUAGAUUGGGUUUAAUUCCUCUUCAAAGUAAAGAUAUUGAUCAGUUGGUCUAUUGUCGUGAUUGUUAUUGUGAAGACCAUUGCGACCGUUGCUCAGUAGUUUUAACAUUACAAGCUUUGGGAGAAAGCGAAUCUACAACCAAUGUUUACGCAAAAGAUUUGCAAAUUGUGAGUGAUUUAGGAGGUAAGAAUAUCGGGCACCCAAUCAUACAGGAUAAAGAAGGGAACGGGGUGCUUAUAUGUAAAUUAAGAAAAGGUCAAGAGUUGAGGCUCAAGUGUGUCGCUAAGAAGGGUAUUUCGAAAGAACAUGCUAAAUGGUCACCUGCAGCAGCCAUUGAGUUUGAAUACGAUCCAUGGAAUAAGUUAAGGCAUACUGAUUACUGGUAUGAGCAGGAUGCUGCUGCGGAAUGGCCGCAGUCUAAGAACUCUGAGUUUGAAGACCCACUGAAUGAGGACGAGGCAUUCGAUUAUAGUCAAAAGCCCGAAAUUUUUUACAUUAAUGUGGAAAGCGUGGGUAGCAUAUCUUCUGACCAAGUGGUUAUAAGAGGUAUAAAGACUUUGCAGGAUAAGGUCGCUGAUAUCUUGUUCUCAUUGAAGAAAAUGGACCAAGACAAGGUGGCCUUUGGCGGGCCAACAAACGAUAAUAUGCCAAUGGAGGUUGACCAUGAUCCAUACGAGGGCUCCAACGGUCAGUAUAAUGAAUAUAACGACAACGCAAAUGCAGCGUAUGAUGACGCUUGGUAA